GUUCUUCUUUGAAUCAUUUGCUCCCUCUCUCAUUGUCUCUCGAGAUCCUACAACCCUCUCUCUCUCCAAAACGAGGGCCCUGAUCCCAUCCGAUCCGAUCCAUGAUCCCUUCUCUGAGGUCUCCAAGUGGUCAUUCACUCAGGCAUCUCGUGCAUCCUCGGCCUCGUCAUCUUGCUACGUCUUCGUCCUCACUUGCACUUUUGAUCACCGCUCGACAUCUCUCGACUAGGACAGCAACAACAAGAAAUUCAUCUUCCUCAUCAUUGUCAUUGCUGCCAAAGCCAAGAGCAAAGUCUGCAAUCCUCUCUAGCACUUUGUCUCCUAAUAUCAGACGCUCGUGCGCGACACCCUCUACGCCUACUUCUCAUACCACCUCGUCGUCAUCUUCCCCCGCUAUUCCACUCCCUCCUUCACCCAUCAUGGCCUCUCGGUCCCCUUUCCCCCCUUGUCCACCUAUCCCGAAAGCCCCUGGACCGAUCGACUUGAUCCUCCCUCCGACGGAAGAUCGACCUCACCGGUAUUUCACACUUUCAAAUGGUCUGGAAGUCAUCGUCAUCUCAGAUCCCGAAGCCGAUAAAUCAGCAGCAAGUAUGGAUGUAGGUGUAGGCCAUCUGAGCGAUCCAGUGGAUUUACCUGGUUGUGCGCAUUUCUGUGAACACUUGUUGUUCAUGGGGACGAAAAAGUACCCCGUCGAAAACGCCUACCAACAAUACCUCUCCUCUCAUAAUGGUCACUCCAAUGCUUAUACCGCCAUGACAUCCACGGUAUACUUCUUUGAUGUCGGCGCCGAUGCGCUCGAAGGUGCUCUAGAUAGGUUCUCAGGCUUUUUCAAGGAACCAUUGUUCAACGAGGACUGCACGGAGCGAGAGAUCAAAGCGGUCGAUUCGGAGCACAAGAAGAAUCUCCAGAAUGACAUUUGGCGCCUCUUCCAACUUGAGAAACAUGUCUUGCGGAAAGAUCACGCUUACCAUAAAUUCGGGACUGGCGAUUACGAUUCACUAUGGUCCACACCAAAAUCCCAGGGCCGUGAUCCAAGACAACAGCUCAUCAGCUGGUGGGAGAAAUGGUACUGUGCGCGAAGGAUGAAGUUGGCAGUUGUCGGGAAAGAAGAUCUAGAUACGUUGGAGAAGUGGGUCAAGGAACGAUUCGAGGAUGUUCCCGUGAGGAGUGAGGGGCUGCCGGACGUUGGGGAAGAGGGUGUACGGGUCGCUUUUGAGACCAACCCGAUCUCGGAAGAGCAGAUGGGCCACGUCGUCUUUGCAAAGCCUGUGCAGGAUAAUAGAGGGCUAGAGAUCACCUUCCCAUUCCCCGAGAUUGAUCAUUUAUACCAGUCCAAGCCUGCACACUAUCUUACCCAUUUCAUCGGGCAUGAAGGCCCUGGUUCCCUCCUUUCGUACCUCAAAAAACAAGGCUGGGUCAAUGGCCUUCGUGCUGGCACUUCUCACGCCGCGGUCGGAUUUGACUUUAUCAAGAUUGGUGUGGAUCUAACUCCAUCAGGAUUGCAACAUUGGAAGGAUGUAUCUCUUGCCAUAUACAAGUACAUCAACCUGUUGCGAUCUCAACGGCCUUCUGAAGAGAUAUUCAACGAGAUCAAAGCCAUGGCUGAAAUAUCCUUUCGGUUCGCUGAAAAGGCGAAAAAUGGCAGAUACGCGACUGCCGUGUCCAAUUGGAUGCAAAAGCCAUUACCGCGAGACAAGAUCUUAUCGGGUGGAGCACGUCUCGAGGAAUUUAGAGAGGACGAGAUCAUUGCUGCGAUCCAAUGUUUGGAUCCUCGCACGUCCGUCAUCGGAAUCACCGGCCGGGAACUCCCAGCCGAUGUAGAGGGUUCAUUCAAUCUCACUGAACCGAUCUAUGGAACGGAAUACAAGAUGAUGAAGCUUGACAAGGCGUUCAUGAAAGAGGCAAUGAGCGGUGCGCCUAUUCCAGAGCUCAAGCUGCCAGGCAAGAACUUGUUCAUCCCUGAGCGAUUGGAUGUGAACAGAUUUGACGUCAAAGAGCCCGCUUUGCGACCCACCCUCAUUACGGACACCUCUGUCUCUCGGUUGUGGCACAAGCAGGAUGACAGGUUCUGGCUCCCGAAGGCUUAUGUCAAUGUACUGCUGCAUUCGCCCAUCCUCAACAACACGCCUCGUAACCAUGUGCUAGCUCGACUUUUUAUCGAUUUGUUCGGCGAUUCCAUCAGCGAAGACAUCUAUGACGCUGAAAUGGCUGAAUUGAGCUUCAAUGUCCAGUAUUCCACCUCGUUCAUCGGUAUUGGAGCAGGAGGUUUCAGCGACAAGCUCGCCGUGUUGCUCGAGACGAUGUUGAAGAAGAUGAUGGACUUUGAAGUGGACCCAAAGAGGUUCGAUGGCAUUGUAGAGGAUCUCCGCUUGGCGUGGCGAAACUUUCCAUUGAACGACCCGUACCGCCAGGUCAUCCAUUGGGGCUCGUACGUCCACAGUGAGGAUGUUUGGACACCUGAAGAGAGACUCGAAGAGCUCGAGCAGGUGACACCGGACCAGGUCAAGGCGUAUGCGAAGGAAGUCCUGCAGAGGCUUUUCAUCGAGACGCUGGUUCAUGGCAACACGGAUAAGCAGGGCGCGAAAGAGAUCCAAGACAUGCUUGAGCGCGUUUUGCAUCCUCGUGCAUUGGCAGAGGGUGAAAAGCAUUCCGUCAGAAGCUUGACGUACCCGCCAGCCUCGGAGCACAUCUGGUCCAUUGAUCUGUCAAACUCUGCCGAAUCCAAUUCCGCCAUCACGUACUCUCUUUACGUCGGCGACCGGUCUGACGCAGCCCUCCGCGCCCAUCUUGCUCUGUUUGCUCAGAUCGCUUCGGAACCUACCUUUGAUCGCCUCCGAACAAAAGAGCAACUAGGCUACAUUACCGAUUCUCAAGCAACUGCCAAUGUCGGCAGCAUGUUUUACCGAAUUCUUGUUCAAUCUGAACGUGAUCCGGUGUAUGUGGAGACUCGAAUCGAAGCGUUCCUCGAAUGGCUCAAGGGGCACAUCGAGGAAAUGUCAGAGGAGGAGUUCGAGAAGCAGAAAGCGGCGUUGAUCGCCAAACGAGAGGAAAAGCCAAAGAACCUGGGUGAAGAAACGAGACGAUUCUGGGCAGCCAUUGGAGAUCAAUUCUACGAAUUCGGAAAGCGGCAAACGGACGUUCAUCACCUGAAGAACACUACCAAAUCUCACGUGCUGGACAUGUUCAACAGAUACAUUCACCCUUCGUCAUCCUCUCGAUCCAAGCUUUCCGUCCAUAUGCGAUCGACAUUCAAAGGUACCGUCCUUGAUCCUGAAUCCGCCUCUCCCCUCCUCGAGGCAUUCACCAAACAUUCCAUUCCUAUCGAUAUGAACGCCGUCCAAGCUCUUUUGGCGUCCUCUCCGUCGCUCAAAGACGUCAAGGCAUUCGCGGAAUCAGCCAUUCAAAAAUCUGUUCAGGGCGGAUCAUUGGGACCUGAAGCGGCGGACGAACUCGGUGCGCUUGUCUCUGAUCUCCGAGAAAAGGAGGGAGGCAUCAAAGACGAUGGAGUCAACGUUCGACCGAAUAACGUGUUUAUCGAUAAUAUACAUCGAUUCAAAGCUGGUUUAAUACCUUCUAGAGCGGCUUAUCCUGUCGAACCGCUCAAGGUAGAAGAAGCGAGAUUGUGAGCGGGACCGGGAGCGGAGCGCGAGUGGAAGAGGAAGAAAAGCAAGCAAGCUAGCAACUUAGCAAGCGCAUGAGAGGGCAGUCAGUGCAGGAAGUAUCGAGAGCAGGAACUUCUUUUCUCUUAUAGAGGGAGAGAGGUAGGAAUAGGAAAAUGAGGAUACGGCUGGAGUUAGAGACCCAAAACAAAGGCAGCAGGAGCCGCGCAGGAUCCGCUGGCAGAUAAGCAAGCGGAAAAGUAGCAUUGUCUGACUGAUUCGCAAGACACGCACACCACGCACACACAAAGAAGACUUGUACCAACCAACCGUG